AUGGCCGAAAACUACCAAGUCAUGGAGGAGCUGGGCAGUGGGAGCUUUGGAAAGGUGUUCAAGGCCAUUGACCGUACUACCGGCGAGACGGUCGCUAUCAAGCACAUCGACCUCGAAGACAGCAGCGAGGAGCUGGCCGACAUCCAGGCCGAGAUUUCACUAUUGAGCACAUGCCACAGCCCGUAUAUCACCGAAUACAAGACCAGCUUUGUCAAGGGCGUAAAGUUAUGGAUAGUCAUGGAAUACCUAGGCGGAGGAUCGGCCGCAGACUUGUUGGCACCAGGAACUUUCAGCGAAGCCCAUAUCGCCAUCACUUGCCGAGAACUCCUGCUUGGACUAGACUACCUACAUUCCACCGGCAAGAUCCAUCGGGACAUCAAGGCCGCCAACGUACUACUCACAGACCAGGGCAAAGUCAAGCUCGCUGACUUCGGUGUCGCCGCACAACUCACAAACAUCAAAUCGCAACGCAUGACAUUUGUCGGCACACCGUUCUGGAUGGCACCAGAGGUUAUCCAAGAGGCUGGCUAUGAUUUCAGGGCCGAUAUCUGGUCACUCGGUAUCACCGCUAUGGAGUUGGCAGAGGGCGCACCACCACAUGCUGGAUCACAUCCCAUGAAGGUGCUCUUUACUAUCCCGAAGAACCCAGCACCAAGACUAGAGGGCGACGAGUGGAGCAAAGACUUCAAAGACUUCAUUGCCCAAUGCCUCAUCAAGGACCCGGACCGACGUGCGACAGCCAAGGAGCUCCUCAAACAUCGAUUUGUCCAACGUGCGGGCAAGGUGGAGGCAUUGCGUGAGCUGGUCGAGCGCAAGCAGAUGUUCGACGCCCAAAGGGAACAGCAAGCAGCAUCGCACCCCAAGUAUUACGAAGAGACCAUGGUUGAUCUUUCCCCUAGAGCUGAGGACGACGAUUGGGACUUCGACACUGUUAAGCGGGGUACUGUUCAGGCACGGCAGACUAUGAAACAGCGUCGCAAACUGGCCCGUAUACCCUCCUCUGGUAAUGAAGAGGUUGAGAGUAUGAUGCAACGAAUGGAUCUCAAUGCAGCACCUUUGGGUGACAUUACAGAUUCACCACUUCCAGCACGCCGACGGCCGUCUUCUCGACGAUCUUCUCAAGCCACGGCUUUCCGUGUUCCUUCAGGCGAUACGCCCACCGCUCGUCGCGUCAGCAACUUCAACAAGUCGCCCCUAGGCGUUGACAUGACAUUCGGAAACUCGCCCUCGACUGUACGGCAUUUCAAACGUGUCUCCUCGGACGAGCGCCGUGCAGCACUCCGCUCGAAUCCUCCACCAGUAGCUCAGAACAAUCAGUCUUUCCAACCAAAUCCCGAAGCACGAACUUUCCGUCCAUCACCUCCGACAUCUAAUCAUCCACUGGAUAUGAACAACGAGAACGAGCCGCCUGCUCCCGAUGGUCAUAUGCCUAUCACGAAGGAUGCUCUAUACGGUCGCCGAGCGUACAGCAAGGUCCUAGAUUCGGUUUUCCAGGAGGCACAUGCCGAUACAGCAUCGCCUCAUCAACGGGAUGCUAUUGGACGUGUUGCGCAAGCCUGGCAGCAUCUUGACGAGGUCGAUCCCCACGGGGAGUUCAUGCUAUUGAAAGCCAUGGUCGACCGUCUCAAGAAUGACACCAAGCUUGCGUACGCUCUCGGCAUCGAAGUCUCAGCUGUGCAAUCACCGUUGAAGCACAACACCAAGACUAGUGACACUAGUUUGGGCGGCACAACUGUCCAUGGCACUGGCACAACACGUAUCCGGUCUAGUACUACAAGUGCGGCCACUUCAACCGUCAGUAAAUCUUCGGAAGAGUACGACCACACCCCGAUAUCAACACCGAUGCGGAACAACACACCCAUCGCCAAUUCAGGCUCACCGUUGAAGGGGCCUAAGCUGGUGAUGGCGAAGAACAACCCUCACCUAAAGUCACAUAAGCGCCGUCAAAGCGCAUUUGUAGUUGGCGAGAAGGGCUUCGGUGCCGACGGCCACGGUUAUUUUGAUGAGAAGAAGCUACCUGGCUAUGUCGAGCCUGGUGCUAGGAACGCCGGUAUGCAAUUCGCGAUAAACACCGCCCACAAGGGUGCACUGCUUGCACUCAUUGCAAGCGCUGGAGCUGCGCCGACGACCACCAUAUCCGCUACUGGAAAUGCGGGUGCAAGCAGUGCGGAUGUGUAUCCUCCUGUCGGCACCGAGGUCAACUCUCAACUGUUCCCACCCGAGUCUGUAGUCGGCUUCCCUGGACCAACACCAACAGGAGCCGAGCCCAAUGCCAUUCAGACAGCGCCGUCAUAUCCCUACAAUGAUGGCGAUGCGUCUUCGUACCCACUCAUCAAGCCUCAGCCGCAUGGUAGUGGUUCACAGUCGCCAAACUUUGACAUCACAAAGUACUGGGGCAACUUGAGUCCCUGGUAUUCUGUUCGAAGUGCAGACUAUGGUCUUCCUGAUGCUAGUCCUCUGAUUCCUGAUGGUUGCGACAUCACGCAAAUGCAUCUUCUUUACCGUCAUGGCGCUCGGUACCCAACUAGUGGUGCAGCGCCUGCGACCUUUGCCCAAAAAAUUGCGAAUGCUACGAAGACUGGCCUUGCUGUCUCUGGGGAGCUUUCCUUCCUAAGCGAUUGGACGUACAAGUUGGGCGCAGAGCUUCUCACGCCAUCUGGCCGCAGCAUGAACUUCCUACUGGGUAUCGAGUACCGUGAGUUAUAUGGUCAUUUGCUCAACAACUUCACAGAAGCUGGUACUAUCCCGGUCUUCCGAACACAGUCUCAAGAUCGUAUGGUGAAGACUGCGGAGAACUUCGCUGCCGGCUUCUUUGGCGUGCCUGAGUACAUGGACGAAGUCAGCAUCGAAUUGCUCGUCGAGACUCAAGGUGUCAACAACUCUGGUGCACCUUACGAAAUCUGCAACAACUCGAACAUUGCCACACGAGGAAGCAUCGGCAGCCGUGUCGCGGCACAAUUCGCGAACAACGCUUUCAACGCCACUAUCGCUCGUCUCCAGUCGCAGGCUAGCGGCAUCAACUUUACCUCCACUGAUGCCAUCGCUAUGCUUCAGCUUUGCUCAUACGAGACACACGCUCUCGGCUACUCCGCUUUCUGCAAACUGUUUAACGAAGAAGACUUCUUGAAUUACGAAUACUAUUUUGACCUCUCGUUCUAUUACAACAACGGGCCUGGUUCACCUGUCUCAGCAGCGCAAGGCAAAGGCUUUCUUGACGAGUUUAUCGCACGCUUCACUCAUCAAUAUCCUGGGCCCAACUCAGCAUUGAAUGAGACAUUUGACAACUCCUCGACAUACUUUCCGCUCAACCAGUCCAUCUACGCAGACGCCACCCAUGAAGUGGUUGUCCUCGAUACGCUCACCGCUUUCAACCUGACAGCUCUGUUCAAAGGUCCACCAUUAAGUCCUCAAGGCAAUCAAGGCCAAAACAGUUUCGUAGCCAGCAAACUGGUACCAUUCGCGACGCAUUUUACUACACAAGUGCUUUCUUGCCCAGCUAUGCAACCAUCUAAGCAGAUUCGCUUUAUUGUGUACGUAUCUUCCUUCCUCUUCGAGUUUGACGCGCAACUGACGGUAGUUCCCAGCAAUGACGCUGUCGUUCCAAUCGACGAAUCAUACCCGGGCUGUCCAGCUAAUCCCAACGGUCUCUGUUCGUUCGACAACGUAGUCGAAGUUUUGCAGAAACGCAGUGCUGAGAUCGACUUUGAUUAUGAUUGUUUUGCAAACUAUACAGCCGCUCCUGGACAGGAUUACAAUGGCAGGGCACCAAGGUCUUAG